AUGGCGGCGGAACAAAGAAAGCUGCUUGAGCAGCUCAUGGGAGGUACCGGCGCUCCCUCUCGCAAUGCGCAGCUCCAAAUCACCGAUCCAAAAGUCUGUCGCUCGUAUCUCGUCGGCACUUGUCCGCAUGACCUCUUCACCAAUACCAAGCAAGACCUGGGCCCUUGUCAGAAAGUUCACAGCGAAGGAUUGAAGACGGAGUAUGAGACCGCCUCGGCAGCUGAGAAGGCCAAAUGGGGAUUCGAUUACGACUAUAUGCGCGACAUGCAGAAAUACAUCGAUGAUUGUGACCGACGUAUCGAUACCGCUCAGCGACGCUUGGAAAAGACUCCGGACGAGAUCAGGCAGACCAACAACUUGCUGAAGCAAAUCUCCGACCUGACCAAAACCAUCAACACGGGUCUCCUCGAGAUCUCGGUGCUAGGCGAAACCGGCUCCGUCGCACAGGCCCUGAACGAACUCCACAAGAUCCGCACAGCCAAGCAUCAAAAGGAAACGUGUGAGCGAGAAUUGAAGAACCUUCAAGAUACCUCCGGACCUUCAGGUCAUCAGAAGCUGCAAGUGUGCGAUGUCUGCGGCGCGUACCUGAGUCGUCUCGAUAACGAUCGUCGGUUGGCGGACCAUUUCUUCGGAAAGAUGCACAUGGGAUACUCGGACAUGCGCAAGGGGUAUAAGAAGCUCAGCGAGGAGCUUAAGGGACGGCCUCCGCCGGUUCGUCACCACGAUGACGAUGAUGGUGGUUGGGGUGGACGCUCCGGUGGUGGACGUGGUCCUCGGUAUGGCGGUGGUGGUUACAAGAAGCGCGGUCCUCGCUGGUAA